AUUUAUAUAUUUUCACUAGUACAAGCCGAUAUUUUUUAUAUCAAGCUAGAGACAUUCUGCUUUUCAAGAACUAAAAUAAUUGAUUCUUUGAAAGUCAACAACAUUAAAAAGACUGUGUUGGUGUCAGACAUUCAAAUUUAAGACUUCAAUAGCAUGUGAAAAUUAUUGUGUUGAGACUAACAACAAGAGCGAGAGAAUGAGUUAAUUUGCGUAUCUUCAUACCGAUCUGAUUUUGUAUUCCCAUUAACUUCAAAGAGAGCCAUAGGAAUUUUAUCUGUGUUGUGUUUUUGUAAUACGCAGAGAGCCUGGCUUUGGCUGGGAUACUGCACUGGGAUACCCCUUCUUCAGAUUUUUAAGGGUCCCUGUUCUUUGCCCAAAUUUGAACGGGACCCCAUUGACGAAAAUUAAAGGAGUCCUCAGAACUUUUAAUGCGUACUGUAUGCAAUUUUUUCAUAAGCAGAAGCCCUGACACAUGUAUACAAAUAUAUCUUCAUCCAUGUUUGCUUAUUGCACUCUCACUGUUUCUCUUAAGGUUUCAAGCAUCAUGCAGAAUGGCAGCAUUGUGUGCUCUGUGUCAUUGGAAGAGGUCUCUGGAACAGGUAGUAUCAUAAAGAAAACACAGCACAAGAAUGUGACUCUCACACUAGGGCGUGAUGAGUUUAAAGAGCUGCAGCUCUUUUUAGAUCUACCUAAAAAGGUGAUGCACAUGUGUAUUCGUGAAGUGGUUGUGCACAAAAAAUUUAUGAAAGAUGGAAAAGCCACAAUCAGACUGCCAGAUCAACGACUACAGCUUUUGAUCUCUAAUUGCCCCCCAGAUAAGCUAGCAGUCUUCCUGAAGACCCUGCAGACAAAGCUAGAAGUGCUUCGUGAGAAAGGAUUUGUAUCCCAGAGACAACGUAUGUUAUCAGAGGAACCCCGGGCAUUCACUGAAAUAUCACCACUCACAAUCAAGGAUCUGCAACUUGCACAAACUGCCAACAGAGGUAGAAAUGAGGCAAAUACACUUUCCACUACUUUGAGCUCAGGUGGAGUAAAGAGAAAGUUUGUGCCUUCUGAAGGCCAAGAGAACUUGCCAGCAGAAUCUGCAGCAAACAAAACUACUAUCAGCAAGAAACAGAAAGUCUGUAAUAACAUCAGUCCUUCCAAAAUUAUAGUCCAGCCAGUGAAAUUGAAUAAGGAGCAGAUGUCGGUGCUAGAAGCAGUGUUACGAGGCCGUAACAUAUUCUUCACUGGAAGUGCUGGGACUGGGAAGUCAUUCCUGCUUAAACGCAUCAUUGGAGCCUUGCCUCCACACCACACCUAUAUUACAGCUAGCACAGGUGUUGCAGCCUGUCACAUUGGUGGCACCACACUUCAUGCCUUUGCAGGGAUCGGCUCAGGCAAAGGGGACUUGACCCAGUGUGUAGAGUUAGCAUCACGGCAGCAAGUGGCACAGCAUUGGAGGCGCUGUCAUCAUCUCAUUAUUGAUGAAAUAUCUAUGGUAGAUGGUGACUACUUUGAAAAACUGGAAGCUGUUGCCAGAAAUGUUCGCAAGUCAGAUCAGCCAUUUGGGGGCAUUCAGCUGAUUGUAUCCGGCGACUUUCUUCAGCUUCCUCCUGUUGCCAAAGGUAGCAACAAAGCCCGCUUCUGUUUUCAGACUUCUGCGUGGCAUAAAUGUAUUCAGACAACACUUGAGUUGAAAGAAGUUCAUCGGCAGUCAGAUUCUCAUUUUAUAAAAGUUCUUCAAAGUGUCCGUCUUGGCUUAUGUCCAUCAUAUGUCACUGAAACACUCAUGAAGACCUCAAGAAAUAAAGUGGAGUGCAAUGGCCUUCUGGCAACACAGCUUUGUACACACAAAGAAGAUGUUGAAAGUAUUAAUCAACAUAAGCUUAAAGGCCUGGAAGGUGCCUCGCGAACAUUUGCUGCAACUGACUCUGAAAUGGUAUAUAAGCAGUCCCUAGAUAAACUGUGUCCCGCGAGCAGCACCAUAGAGCUUAAAUGUGGAGCUCAGGUUUUACUUUGUAAAAACCUUGAUGUUCAGCGAGGUCUUGUAAAUGGAGCACGUGGCAUAGUCACUGGUUUUGAGCCUGGUGUGGAAGGUUUACCCAUUGUCAAAUUUGCCUGCGGUUUGCAUGAAACAAUCAAACUUGCAAGAUGGACAUUCAGAAUGGGUGGAGGAUUAAUGGUGACUCGGAAACAAAUACCACUUAAAUUAGCUUGGGCUAUCUCCAUACACAAAAGCCAGGGCAUGACUCUUGACUGCGUGGAAAUCUCCCUGUCCAAAGUUUUUGAGUGUGGUCAGGCCUAUGUGGCAUUGUCAAGAGCCAAAAGUCUAGAGGGACUCCGAGUUGUUGGUUUUACAGGCGACUGUGUGCGUGCUAACACAGAUGUUUUACGCUUUUACACCAAGUUACAACUGAUACAGAAUUCGGUGGAGCCUCGGGAAGUAAAAGCAAAACAUGAAAACACAGUGAAAUUCUGGUGAUUCCAGCAUGCCUCAGGUUAUAGAGGAUA